AUGAUGCCAAUUUGCACGUUGUGUACAACUUGUCUUCCGAGUAAAAGAUGGGGCAAGCUUUGCUGCGGUCUCAACAUUCAGAGUUGUGGGAUGAUGCAGGCCGUCGAGAUCUAUUCGGUUUGUUGGAUGCAGGAACUUUUAGUCCGAUGUAGCAACCAGUAGAGAACGCCAUCAAUGCUAAGUGGGUCGUUAACUGUAAAGCAGACGAGUACGGAUGGCCGACGAAAUUCAAGGUAAGACUUAUAGCGCGGGGGGACAUGCAGAGGGCUUCGAUUGAUUUUGGAGAAUUGUUUGCACCCACCGUAUCAGUGUCUAGUGUGCGCUUGUUGGCAACAUUAGCAUGUGAGCAGAACCUUGACUUGUGCCAUUUUGAUAUUCAGCAGGCUUUUGUGCAGUCUGAGCUUGAUGAGGAUGUUUUCAUGCGCUUUCCGCAGGGUUGUGGAAGGUUAUCUGGCCUGAUCGUGAAGCUGUGCAAGAGUCUCUAUGGUUUGAAGUAGGCAUCACGACAUUGGCAUGCGCACCUGACGAGGUGUUUGUUACUGUUAGUUUUUUUGCAGUGUCCGGCG